GAUGCUGCACACGGAGGGCCACGCGCUCCUGCGGGCCGUGGGUCAGGGGAAACUGCGCCUGGCCCGCCUGCUCCUGGAGGGCGGCGCUUACGUGAACGAGGGCGACGCCCAGGGGGAGACCGCGCUGAUGGCAGCCUGUCGGGCCCGCUACGACGACCCCCAGAACAAGGCGCGCAUGGUGCGCUACCUCCUGGAGCACGGCGCGGACCCCAACAUCGCAGACCGCCUGGGGCGCACGGCGCUCAUGCACGCCUGCGCCGGGGGCGGGGGCGCCGCGGUGGCCUCGCUGCUCCUCGCCCACGGCGCAGACCCCUCGGUCCGAGACCACACGGGCGCCUCGGCGCUCGUCCACGCCCUGGACCGCGGGGACCGCGAGACGCUGGCCACGCUGCUGGACGCCUGCAAGGCCAAGGGCACGGAGGUCAUCAUCAUCACCACCGACACCUCGCCCUCGGGCACCAAGAAGACGCGGCAGUAUCUCAACUCCCCGCCGUCCCCGGGGGUGGAGGACCCCGCCCCCGCCCCGCCGAGCCCGGGGGUGUGCGCGUCGCCGUCGGAAAUCCAGCUGCAGACUGCAGGGGGGGCGCGAGGGCUGCCGUCCCCUCGCACGCAGGAAGAAGAGGAGAGGCGGGACGUGUUUGAAUUCCCUCUUCCCAAGCCCCCCGAGGACCCUUCCCCUUCCGAGCCGCUCCCCAAACCACCCCGCCACCCUCCGAAGCCGCUCAAAAGGCUGAAUUCCGAGCCCUGGGGCCUGGUGGCUCCCCAGCCGGCCCCGCCCGCGGAGGGGAGGCUGGGGAUGGAGCGCCUGACCGCCGACUUCAACGGCCUGACCCUGGGCGGCCGACCCCGGCUCUCCCGACGUCACAGCACCGAGGGCCCCGAGGGCCCGCCCCCGUGGGUGGAGAAAGGGACGAGCGGGGGCGCCCUCUCUCGCCGGAACACCGCGCCGGAGGCUCCGGAGGCCGGUCCCCCUGCUGGGCUGCGGCAGAAACUGAGCCGCAUGGAGCCGGUGGAGCUCGACUUCCCCGACUCGCCGGAGGGCGGCCGCCCGUCGCUGGAGCGCCGCCGCUACAGCGCCUCCCCGCUGACUCUGCCCCUGGCGGGCUCGGCGCCCUCCCCGCGGCAGUCCCAGGAGAGCCUGCCCGGGGCGGUGUCCCCGCUGAGCGGGCGCCGGCGGAGCCCGGGGCUGCUGGAGCGGAGGGGCUCGGGCACGCUGCUCUUGGACCACAUCUCGCAGACGCGGCCGGGCUUCCUGCCCCCGCUCAACGUCAACCCGCACCCUCCCAUCCCCGACAUUCGCCCGCAGCCCGGAGGUCGGGCGCCCUCGCUGCCCGCCCCUCCCCAGGCGGGGGCGCCAGGCUCUCCUAGGACCAAGCGCAAACUGGUGAGGCGCCACUCCAUGCAGAACGAGCAGAUCCGCCUGCUGGGGGGCUUCCAGAGUCUAGGGGGGCCCGGGGAGCCGGGGCGCUGAGCGGAGGGACAGAGCCA